UGUGAGUCAGGGAUUAAUGGCACAGAGUAAGCUUCCAAAAGCCACGGGGCCACUGGAGGCCUGAGCUUAGAGAUAAUUUCCCUUCUCUACGAAAAGGCCAGGCAUUUAGUCCAGACGGGCAGAGUCAGGAGACAGUCGGCCAGCAGGGGACAGGGAGCAGCCGCAGCCCAGAUGGCCACCCGAGAAGAGCGAGUGACUGUCCCCAGCCUGAGACGCGAGACGGCCACUGACCUCUUUUCCUAGAGGCUCGUCGCCGCGGCCCCUCGAGCCCGGCCGCCGCCGCCCCCGGCGCCCGGGCGGGCCCCACGGUGAGCCCCCCAGCAAGCGAUGAGGACACAGAGGCUUGUAAAGAUAAAGUGACUGAUCCAAGGUCACGCAGGAGCAAGGACACAGGUGCGCAGAGCUUGCCUGGACUCGCUGAGCUGCGAGGGGAACCUGUUUCCGUCUGAUCUGGUGGGUCCACCCACCUAGGCAAACGGUCACAUCCCUCAGCUGUGAUUCCUCACCCCUGCCCUCUCCCUGGUCCUCAGGCUGUGCUACAUCUUCAUCACCUUUUGCACAGUAGUGAACUGUUCUCUUCGUGUCGCAAACCUGCAGAGGGUGAGCUGGCCAGCACUCGGCUGUAGUGUGUGGCUCUUAUCUGCAAGGCUGCUCUAAGGACAGUCACGGACACCUUGGCCAUGUGUAUCCUUUGCCCUGGAGAUGCCCAUGGCUUUAGAGAGACUGUGUGAUGUGCAGCACGGUAGAUACCCGUCUGUCCCGCCGCCGAUCAGGGGAGGGGCAGACCCCUGCAGAAGAAGCUGCAGAGGCGCCGACAUGGGGCUGAAGCUGACCUGCCUGAAAGGCUUGAAAAUGUGCGUGAGCAGCAGCAGCAGCCGCCGCGACGCGGCCCCCGUCCUGGGCCACAAGCACCUGGACCCGCCCAACAUCGUCAUCACCCCGCCCACCCCCACGGGCGCCGUCCUGCCGAGGGACUCGCGGAGGGCAGUCUGGCUGGAGGAGACGGGGUCGUGUCCGGAGGAUGGAGAAAUAGACCCUGAGGCCUGAGGAGGAGACGAGGACUGGGGGCUGCCUGCACCGGCCCCUGCUCUGAGCGCCCCUCCCUCCACGUGUCCUGGGGGGCCUGGGACAGAUGUGCUGGGAACGCCGGCUGGGAAGACCGAGCGCUCCCGGCACUGGACCUGCAGAGGCGUGGCGAGAGGACCAAGGAAUCGGCCCUGCCUGUGUCCAGAACAGCGUUUCCCAGGCCCCCGUGAGGGGACCGGACCUCUAGCGCCUGCACGUUCUUGCCAACCCCAGGGCACAGCGACGGCCAUCGGGGUGCCACGGAGAGGCUUUCUUCUGGACGGACAGACUGCCAGCGCCCUGGGCCAUGCAGACCAGUGCCCAGGAAGUCCGCACACGCAAGGACUUCUUGCAGAGGCCUGGCUCCAUUUUUUACACGUUGUCUUACAGACAUCGAGAUAGCCCAAAGGUGAUUUGUAAUUUCUUGUUUUGCAUUGUAAAUAAAGAUCCCAGGUAA